GACCGGCGCCACGGGACGGGAGCGAGCGGGCGCGGGCGCCGAGCAGAUGGCCCGGGCGAGCGAGGUCUGAGGCUCGGCUCCCCGAAACGUGACCAUGUGGAUCCAACAGCUUUUAGGACUCAGCUCCAUGUCCUUCUGCUGGCCCGGCCGCUCCUUUGGAAGCCACGCCUGGAUACUGAUAGCCAUGCUGCAGCUUGUGGUCGAUUUCCCAUCCUGUGACUCGCUGGGCCCUGGACCUGAGUUCCGGCUCCUGCCACGUCCGCCACAGAGGCCCCAGCGACUGUGGAGUCUGCGAAGUGGGCCCCCGACAAGGCUACCGACGGCAGCCUGGAGUCCCCGCGCUGCUCGGGCCGACCGCGCCCACGGGCCUAUGCAGACGCAAACACCUCGUGCCCGGAGGGCCCACAGGCCCCGAGACCAGGUGGCCACCCUGGGGCCCAAAGGGGGACUUGCCAAGACCCCAGCUACUGCCAGAUCCAGCCCUUCCCUGGCCUCAGCACCAGCGUCAUCCUCUGUGGUGGUCACUGGGGCUGCAGAGCAUCAGAGCCUCCUGAGACGGGGCAGGAGGCACACGCAGGACGCGGGGUUCAACGACUUCGACUUCCGUGGCGGCAGGCCCACGACAGAGACAGAGUUCAUCGCCUGGGGGCCUACAGGGGAUGAAGACGCCCUGGAGUCCAACACUUUCCCUGGUGUAUUCGGCCCCACCACAGUCUCCACUUUGCAAACACGGAAGACAACUGUGGUCACCACCACUACUACCACGGCCAGCACGGCCACAGCCAUGACACUGCAGACUAAAGGGGUCACCGAGGCCCUGGAUCCCUGGAAAAGGACCCCCAUUGGGGUUAGUACAACAGAGCCUUCCACCAGUCCUAGCAACAAUGAGAAAGACAUCCAGCCCCCACGGAUUCUGGGGGAGACCUCAGGUUUGGCUGUGCAUCAGAUCAUCACCAUCACCGUCUCCCUCAUCAUGGUCAUCGCUGCGCUCAUCACAACUCUUGUCUUAAAAAAUUGCUGUGCCCCAAGCGGGCAUACUCGGAGAAACAGCCACCAGCGGAAGAUCAACCAGCAAGAGGAGAGCUGUCAGAACCUGACGGACUUCACCCCGGCCCGGGUGCCCAGCAGUGUGGACAUCUUCACGGCCUACAACGAGACAUUGCAGUGUUCCCAUGAGUGUGUCAGGGCAUCCGUGCCCGUGUACGCUGAUGAGACGCUGCACUCCACUGGGGAGUACAAGUCCACGUUCAAUGGAAACAGAUCCUCCUCUGCAGACCGGCAUCUCAUCCCUGUGGCCUUUGUGUCUGAGAAAUGGUUUGAAAUUUCCUGCUGACUGGCCGAAGGCUUUUUACCUCCUGGGGACGGGGCAGAAGCCAUGUGUCUGUUCCAUGGACUCCGUUGGUGAACCUGUAAAAACAAAACAACAAAACAAAAAUUACAAAACCUAUAACUAAACUAUCUAAGAGGGAGGGUCCCGCACCUGCCUCUUCUGUUUGCCCGUGGGAAACUCAGAGCGGGAUGCUCUAGGCCAAAUCUAUUUUUGUAAAAUUGCUCGUGCCUAGGGGUGAUCCCUUCUCCCAGAGUUUUCUGGAGAACAGAAAGAAUUGCAAGAGAGGACUGGAGACCGAGCAGGGGAAGCCACGCUAAAGGACGGGAGCAGCUAAAGGACGGGAGCAGCUAAAGGACGGGAGCAGCUCCCGAUGCCUGGGACUCACACCACAAUUCUGAACCUGUGCCAAUAAUACCAUUAUGUGCCAUGUACCGACCCAGAAGCUCGGCCAGAGCUGAGCCCAGCGAACCACGCGAAGAAAUCUUACAGAGGACGGGGUGGGGUCUCUUCCGGAAGAAUCACUAUUUCUGGUUAAUAUACAUAUAUAAAUAUAUAAAUACCAACAGACACACACACACUUUUUUUGUACUGUAGCAAUUUUUGAAGAUCUUCAAUGUUCCUUUUUAAAAAAAAGAAUUGUGUUAUAGUUACAAAAUCUGAUUUAUUUAACAUGCUUAGUAUGAACAGAAUAAACUCGUGUUUUCUACUUGGGCCACUCACAUCAGAGGCUGCACACACACACACACACACACACACACACACAUACCUGCACAUGCAUACAUACAUGCAUUUAUACGCAUAUAUUGGAAAUACAGUUCCACAGGUGAGCAUAAUCUUUAUUCCUGGUGACCUGGUAUUUCGUUGCCGUUCAUCCCAGGGGACAGCCUCAGCCCAGACGAUGAGGCCCUUAAAUGACAUAUUACCCUUUUCUUGUCAGAUGCUUGCCAAGUGCCACUCAGUGUGUGGCUUGUCACCCUGGGCCAGAAUCAAGAACACCGUGGUUUUCUAUAUAUAUGUACACACACAUGCAUAUAUGUUCUCUUUCUUCCUUUAACUGUCUGAAGAUGCUACCUAACAGCCAUGCGCACAUUGACGUAGCUGGCUGCUGACGAGUUGGCCUGAGCACCAGGUUGGGUGGGUGGUGGAUUCUCGAGCAUUUGUGUUAUACAGGAAUAGACUGAAUUAAAGAAUUUCCAGUUCCAAAAAUUAAAGGAAUAUAUCCUCA